AUGUACAGUCGCAGCGCCUGGGGCGGACCCGUCGACCCUUACAUCAAUGUCAUGUUCCUCCCCAAAGAGGCGCCAGCCGACCAAGAUCCUAUCGUAAGCUUGGUCAUAUUCGAAUGGAAGGACGAGGACUUGAUCGGCGUCCGCGAAACCCCAGACGCUGAAAAUAAAAUCGGCAUCUGCCAGGACGCUUACGUCCAGAAGAACUACUGCAACGAGACGGACAUUGGGAAGUUCAUCAUUGAUCCGGAUUCUACCACCAAGUCGAAGAACAUGAUCGAGACGAAGGCUAUCCAUCUCAAGGAGCCGCAGACGACCAAGUACAUGAUUCGAAAGACUGGCUACUACUGUGUCCUGACCGACAAGUUCUCUGCGGGCGAGUUCACUGCGGUUGUUGAGUUCCGUAAUGCCUACGGCGAGCUGCCUGCGACGCAAAUUCCGAAGCUGCCUUUCUAUGGAGGAAUCACUAUCCUUUAUGCACUAGUUGCCGUGUUCUGGGGGUUUUUGUACUAUCAACACCGACAUGAUAUUCUGCCGGUCCAAAACUACAUCACGGCUAUUCUCAUCUUCCUGGUUGUCGAAAUGCUGAUGACUUGGGGAUUCUAUGACUACCUUAACAGGAACGGCGCAAACAUUGGCUCCAAGGUGCUGCUGGUCAUAGUAGCCAUCUUGAAUGCUGCUCGCAACUCCUUCUCAUUCUUCCUGCUGCUCAUUGUCUGCAUGGGAUACGGAGUCGUGAAGCAUACGCUUGGGCGCACCAUGAUCUGGGUGCGCUGGCUCGCAAUCGCUCACUUUGUUUUUGGACUCGUCUAUGCAAUCACAAGCUUGCUGAUCACACCGGAUGCCGCUGGCCCGUUUGUGCUACUGAUUGUCCUCCCUCUUGCUGGCACCUUGACCGGUUUCUAUGUGUGGACUCUAAACUCGUUGAACUUCACACUUAAGGACCUGCGCGAGCGCAAGCAGCAUGCAAAGGAAGCCAUGUACAGGAAGCUGUGGUGGUGCAUUCUGAUCAGCAUUUUCGUCAUCUUUGGCUUCUUCUUCUUCAACAGCUUCAGUUUCGCAUCCGUCAACGACCCCGACUACGUCCCCUUUCACUGGAAGUCGAGAUGGUUCAUCCUUGACGGCUGGCUGAACCUUGUCUACUUCGCGGACGUGGCCUUCAUCGCCUACGUCUGGAGACCCACCGCCAACAACAGACGCUUCGCAAUGAGUGACGAGAUCGCCCAGGAUGACGACGGUACGUUCACGAUGGCAGACAUUGGAGCACCGGACGACUCGGACGAUGACGAGGAGGCUCAGCUGGGCAAGGGUAACAACACGGGAUCUCAGCCUGCAGGCCAUGCUGCUCCCUCGGGUAUGCCGGCGAGCAGCAUGCCCCAGCAACAGCCGCAAAGACACGUCCCGCGCGAGUCUUUGGACGGCGAGACCAUCUUCGCCGUUGGAGAAGAUGGCGACAGAUUCUCUGACGACUCUGAUGAAGAAGACGCCAAGCUGGUAGGAAAGAAAUAG